CACCAGAGACCAGAGUCUAUCAGAGACCAGAGUCCACCAGCGACCGGAGUCCAGCAGAGAACAGAGUUCAGCAAAGUCCAUCAGAGUCCAGCAGAGACCAGAGUCCAUCAGAGACCAGAGUCCAUCAGAAUCCACCAGAGACCAUCAGAGUCCACCAGAGACCAGAUUCCAGCAGAAACCAUCAGAGUCCAGCAGAGACCAGAGUCAACAGGCGUCUCAACACAUCAUGAUCUUCAUCUUCUUCAUAGUUUUUCUUCCAGCAGCUCGGCUCCAGGACCUCCAGGACCAGUGUCCCGGCGGCUCCUGUAACCCCCAGCUGGGUGACCUGAUGGUGGGUCGAGCGGCUCAGCUGUCGGCCUCAUCCACCUGCGGUCUGGAUGGACCACAGAACUACUGCAUCAUCGGAUACCUGGAGGGGGAGCAAAAAUGUUUCACAUGCGACUCUCGGCUGCCGUACAAUCGCUAUAGCAACCCCGACAGCCACUUCAUCGAGAACGUCAUCACGACCUUCGACCCCGAGAGAAAAUUGAAGUGGUGGCAAUCUGAGAACGGAGUUCAUCAGGUCAGCGUCCGGCUGGAUCUGGAGACUGUGUUCCAAUUCAGUCAUCUGGUCCUCACCUUCAAGAGUUUCCGUCCAGCAGCCAUGUUGGUGGAGCGAUCAAAAGAUUUCGGACGCAGCUGGAAGGUUUUUCGUUACUUUGCAGAAGAUUGUUCGCUUCACUUCCCGUCAGUAUCCGACCGGCCGGCCGACAGCAUUGAUGAUGUCGUCUGUGACAGCAGAUACUCCGGAUCAGAUCCGUCCACUGACGGAGAGGUGGUGCUGAAAGCUCUGGAUCCCAUCUUUGAGAUUGAAAACCCAUACUCACCGAACAUCCAAGAUCUGAUCACCUUGACAAACAUCCGUGUUAACUUCACUCGUCUCUUCACGCUGGGCGAUACGCUGCUGGCUCGAAGACGCAGGAACCCUCAGGACAAAUACUACUACGCUCUCUACAACAUGGUGGUCCGAGGUAGCUGCUUCUGUAACGGACACGCCAGCCAGUGUACGCCUGUGGACGGAGGACGAGGGGACGUCUUCACCCAGACCGGCAUGGUUCACGGUCGAUGCAUUUGUCAGCACAAUACAGCCGGAGAGAACUGUGAGAGAUGUCAGGAUUUUCACCAUGACAUCCCCUGGAGGCCUGGAGGAGAAAACACAGCCGACAGCUGCAGGCGAUGUAACUGUUACGGUCACUCGGAAUCGUGUCACUUCGACGCCGCUCGUUUUGAAGCGACGGGCGGCCAGAGCGGCGGCGUGUGUGACGACUGCCGCCAUGACAGGACGGGGCCUCAGUGCGAACGAUGUCGACCUUUUCUGUAUCAAGAUCCACAGAGAGCGGCUGACGACCCUCACGCCUGCAUACCGUGCGACUGCGACCCGGCCGGUUCUCAGGGUGGCGGCCUGUGUGACCCUCUGAGCGGCCAGUGUGUCUGUAAAGAAAACGUGGAGGGUCAUCGUUGCGAUCGCUGCAAACAUGGCUUCUUCAACCUCAGACCGGACGACCCCACCGGCUGUCAGGUGUGCAGGUGUCAUGUUUUGGGAAGUAUCGGGUCAUGUGAUCAGCAGACAGGAAGUUGUGAAUGUGACCAUUUGGCAAGCGGACCGCUGUGUGAUCGAUGUCAGGCAGGUUUCUGGGGUUUGGGAAACUCCGUGUUCAGAUGUUCACCCUGCGACUGUGAUAUUGGAGGAGCUCACGGCACCAUGUGUUCUCCGGAGGACGGACAGUGUCACUGCUUACCCAACAUGGUGGGUCGGCGCUGCUCUGACCCCGCCCCCGGCUAUUUCCUGCCUUCAUUGGACUACUUCCUGUACGAGGCGGAGCUCGCGGCUCCGCUGGAUGGAGGAAGCUCUUCUUCUCCUUCUCCUUCUUCUACUACUCCUGCUCCUCCUUCUUCUUCUCUGUUGAACCCAGUAGUUUUACCACAGUGUGAGAAGUAUUACAGAGAACAGGGUUACGACUUCAAGUUCACUAAUGGACGAGUCGUUCUGGUUCGAAGGACUCGACAGCUUACUCGCCGGAGGAGACAGGGACAGCGCUACAGUCUCCCUCUGGAACCAGGUCAUGCCCUGCAGAUUAUUCCCCGUCAGACAGCUGGUCAGCCGAUCACCUGGACCGGCCUGGGAUUGGUCAGGGUGUUGGAUGGGGCGGGGCUUAGGUUCACUGUGGACAACCUCCCAUCAUCGAUGGAUUACCAGCUGGUGAUUCGUUACGAGCCCGAGUCUCCAUCUGAUUGGCUGGCUUCAGUCAGCAUCAUUGCAGAGUCACGGGGUGACGGCCGUUGCAGCAGCGACCCGACAGGAAGCAAAACUGUGGUUCUUCCUGGAAACAGCAGAGGGGGUGUUCUGGACUCUCCGGUGUGUCUGAACGCAGGCGGUAGGUACUUUGUGGACGUCGUCUUUAACAAACAGCCCGAAUCUGACGGUUCUCCCAGCUCACACAUCCUGAUAGACUCGAUGGGUCUGAUUCCCAGCAUCGAGUCUGUCCAAGAUUUCUGCUCCCAGAGUGAUCUUGACUCUUUCCGACGCUUUCGCUGCAUUGGAUUAGCUGCCGAGCUCGGUCCACAAGAGUCGCUACCGGAAGUCUGUGAAGGACUCAUCAAGAGCAUAUCGGCACGAAUCCACAAAGGGGCUGUUGUUUGCAGGUGUAACGCCGUCGGCUCUCUUGGACCAUCCUGCAGUAAACUGGGAGGGCUAUGUGAAUGUAAACACAAUGUGAUUGGCCGUUGCUGUGAUACCUGUGCACCACUGACGUUUGGCUUCGGACCUGAUGGCUGUAAACCAUGUGAGUGUGACCCUCGUGCUUCGGUGUCGGAGUUUUGUGAUCAGGUCAGAGGUCAGUGUACGUGUCGUUCAGAGGCAACAGGCCGAAGCUGUGAUCGCUGUCGGACUGGAUUCUGGGGUUUCCCAUCCUGUCGACCCUGUGAAUGUAACGAACUGUCCGAGGUGUGCGAUGAAGAAACCGGCGAGUGUCGGAACUGCAGGGAGCACGCCACCGGACCAAAUUGUGACAGGUGUGUGGAGGGUUACUAUGGUAACCCUAUCUCCAGACAGCCCUGUCAGCCCUGCCUGUGUCCAGACGUCCAGGGCAGCGGAAGAUUCUUUGCCACUUCGUGCCAACAAGACCCACAAUCCCUCAGUCUGACCUGUACCUGCAGGGAGGGGCACAAAGGUCCGCGCUGCGACCGAUGCAGCCCUGGUUUCUAUGGUGACCUGGCGUCGCCAGGCACCAGCUGUGAGGAGUGUCCCUGCAACAACAACAUAAACCCGGAUGACCGUCACGCCUGCGACAGCCUGACAGGAGAAUGUCAGCGCUGCCUCCACAACACGAUGGGACCACGCUGCCAAGACUGCAAACUUGGUUACUAUGGCAACGCUCUGGACCACGACUGCAAAGAAUGCUCUUGUGACCGGCGGGGGACAGAGGUGACUCAGUGUCCUCUGGAGAGUCCCUGUUUCUGUGAUUGGAGGACGGGACAGUGUCCCUGCAGGACGGGGGUGGUGGGUGUCCUUUGUGACGAAUGUGAGGACGAGUACUGGAACCUGGACGGAGCGUCGGGAUGUCAACCCUGCAGCUGUGAUUCUGUUAACUCUUUCUCCAACAUCUGCAACAAGGUGACGGGACAGUGCCCGUGCCGUCCUGAGUUUGGAGGAAGACAGUGUGACGAAUGUGGAGAAAAUCAUUUUGGGAAUCCAGACCUGCAGUGUAUCUCUUGUGACUGUAAUAUGGAGGGAACAGAGCGUCCGUCAUGUGACCCUGAAACCGGCGAGUGUAUGUGUCGGAUCGGCGUCACCGGUAUCUUCUGUGACGAGUGUGCCCCUGGCUAUGACUCAGCGUUCCCGGCCUGCAAGGAGUGCCAUCCAUGUACCGUCGUCUUGGCCAAAGACGUCACCGAUGUCCAGCGAGCUGCCCAGAGGAUGAGAACCUUUGUACCCAGCCACGGCGAUGACCUGCGGCCCGGAGUCAGUCGCCACCGGCAACGGAUGCUGGUAAUGCACUCCAAGAUGGACGUCCUUGCCAACCUCAUGGGACUCUCCCCGUCAAAGGCGGAGAAGGUGGAGAAAAUGUCUGCGAUGAUCAGGAAGCUGAAAGACGCCAUCGACCCGAACGUGAUCUUGAUAAACCCGUCUCCUCUCCUCAACACUGAAAUCGACAACAUUCAUCUGGAGUUCAAGAAGCUCCUGAGCAACCUGAAGGAGAAACUCAUCGAGGAUCAGGACUAUGACGAUGAAUACCCGGAGGAGCUGGAGGAUGAGAUCCAGAAGUAUAAUAAAGCCUUCAUGUUGGACGAGAAGAUAGUGAGAAACGCCAGCAAAGCCCUGGAUGACUCCAUGAACACCAGACAGGAAGUCAAACACAAACUGAGCAUGCGCAGUGGCAAAGGAGACCUGGCACCGCUGGAGAAGAAGGUCAAAGAGCUCAGCGUGGUCGACCUCAACCAAAAGGUCUGCGGAGCACCAGGUCUAGAGGACUGUACCGGAUGUGGUGGAGCUCUGUGUGGUCUGGAUUUGGGAAAAAGGAAGUGUGGAGGUCCAAACUGUGACGGAGUCGUUCCUGUCAGUCAGGAAGCUUCAGAGACGGCAGAGAGAGUGAAGGACCAACUACUCACACUUCCAUCCAGUCUGCACGAGUCCAAGAACAAGAUCAAUGAUGCGAAACGUGCAGCUCAGGACACCAAAGACCAAGCCAAAGACCUCCAGGACCGGAUCAACAACAACAUAGACUCCCUCAAGAGAGAGAAAAAUAUAACCAAGGAGCUCAUCCAGCGUGUCAAAGAUCACCUGAUAGAUGAGAUGGUUCCUCCAGAGGACAUUGAGAAAAUGGCUCUAGCUGUUCUGUCCAUCAAGCUGCCAGGAUCACCUGACCAGAUCCGAUCAAUGAUCAAUGACAUCAAUAAUCUGCUGUCUAACAAGCCCAAUUUCCAGAACGACCUGGAGAACCUGGAGGAGCACGCCAAGACCGCCAAGGACCUGUUGGAGAAAGCUCAAGAACUCAAGGAGCGGACAAAGAACAUUGAUGUGACCAAAAUCAGCAAUGAUGUUUAUGAAGCAGAGAAAGCUCAGGACCGAGCCAACAACGCCCUGCAUUCAGCCAGCCAGGACACAGACAUGGCCAAAGACCGAAUCCAAGACAUGAGAGACAAACUGAACAGAACGGAGACAAAGCUGAUGAAUCGUCGACCUGAAGAACUGCAGGACGAGAUCAAAGACCUGAAGAGGAAAACUGAACAGAACAGAGAGACGGCCAGAGACGCCAUCGACGCUACAGACUCUGCUUUACAACACACUAAUGAAACUAAACCAGGGCUGGAUGAAGUGAUGAGGCAGUUCGAGCUUUUGAAGCAUAAAAAUUUGACUCAGACGGAUCAGGGUGAAGCUGGAAAGCGACUGAAGACCAUCAUGGAGGAGGCGGAGAAGAUGAAGAGCCAGAUGGAGGACAAACUCCGACAGAUACAAGAUCUGGAGGGGAAGAUCCAGAACCUGAUCAAGAAUAAAGAGGAAAAAGCAGCUGAAGUAAUUUUGUUGUUGGAUAAGGUGGAUUCACUUCGACGGGACAUCUCCAAAAAAGCUGAAAGUUACGCCACCUGUAUCUAAUAAAUACUACUGAGUACUACAUACUGAAACACAGGUCCUCUUAAAUACUACAGAGUACUACAUACUGAAACACAGGUCCUCAUAAAUACUACUGAGUACUACAUACUGAAACACAGGUCCUCAUAAAUACUACAGAGUACAACAUACUGAAACACAGGUCCUCAUAAACACUACUGAGUACUACAUACUGAAACACAGGUCCUCAUAAAUACUACAGAGUACUACAUACUGAAACACAGGUCCUCUUAAAUACUACAGAGUACUACAUACUGAAACACAGGUCCUCAUAAAUACUACAGAGUACAACAUACUGAAACACAGGUCCUCAUAAACACUACUGAGUACUACAUACUGAAACACAGGUCCUCUUAAAUACUACAGAGUACUACAUACUGAAACACAGGUCCUCAUAAAUACUACAGAGUACAACAUACUGAAACACAGGUCCUCAUAAACACUACUGAGUACUACAUACUGAAACACAGGUCCUCAUAAAUACUACAGAGUACUACAUACUGAAACACAGGUCCUCUUAAAUACUACUGAGUACAACAUACUGAAACACAGGUCCUCAUAAACACUACUGAGUACUACAUACUGAAACACAGGUCCUCUUAAAUACUACAGAGUACAACAUACUGAAACACAGGUCCUCUUAAAUACUACAGAGUACUACAUACUGAAACACAGGUCCUCAUAAAUACUACAGAGUACAACAUACUGAAACACAGGUCCUCAUAAACACUACUGAGUACUACAUACUGAAACACAGGUCUUCUUAAAUACUACUGAGUACUACAUACUGAAACACAGGUCCUCAUAAAUACUACAGAGUACAACAUACUGAAACACAGGUCCUCUUAAAUACUACUGAGUACUACAUACUGAAACACAGGUCCUUUUAAAUACUACUGAGUACUACAUACUGAAACACAGGUCCUCUUAAAUACUACUGAGUACUACAUACUGAAACACAGGUCCUCAUAAAUACUACUGAGUACUACAUACUGAAACACAGGUCCUCAUAAAUACUACUGAGUACUACACACUGAAUCUGUAAUCUAAAUACAGAAAAGUUUAUAUGUUAUUUUUUAUCUCUGUAAACUUUUAAAACACAGUUCUGAACUUUCAGAGAUUUGUAUGUUUUCAUAUAUUUGUUAUUAUUUCUUUCUAUUACAUGUAUCUUUUCAAGUUAUGCAACUAUUCUACAUGUAUACAAUAACAUUACUAUUCUUCAUUAAAUAAUUUGUGUAUUUCAAAAUGAA